UUCUCACGGGCGGUCCCACCAGAGGGACCGACCUCAUGGCCCCCCACAAGGUACCUUAAUCCCUUGCAGGGAGCUCCGUGCUCACUGGCACAUCCAAUAUCUCACCCAAGGAAGCACCGUCAUCCACACCAUCUUCUCGGCGGGAAGAGAAGAAGAGUAACCGACGGGAAGGAUGCUGCUUGCUGCGCCGCCGACUCUGAGCUUGUGUGAACGCUUUGUGCUGCCCCUGCGGCUUCGCCCUUUAGGGGAUGAUGGUUCCGGUCUGCUGCAGCCGCAUCGGAACGCUACCUCCCGUACUGCUGCCCUUGUUGUGAGGGCAGGAUAUACGCGGAAGCCCACUGGUACGCCCGGAGCAUAUCAUCUCUUCGACGAUAAUACAGGCGAACGCUUCAUAGUGUGGGGAGCCGCUGACGACGAUAGCGAGGAUUUUGUCGUGCCCCCAAAGGAAGUCCUCACGCAGAAUCCUGAUGUGCCGCCCAAUUCAGGGAGUGGCUCACUUGAUGGUGUUGUAAGCAUUGGGAAAGUAGAACACAUGGAUGGAUUUUCAGGAAGCUUCAGCCGGUUGAAGGUUCAUAACGUAAGAGCACUGAUCAGGAAGUCCAAAAAGAUGCAAAAAUGCAUUGGCAAAGUUAACAUAGGCUAUCAGAAUGCACUUCCAAAUGAAGAGGAAGAUUCGGAACAUCAUCCUAUAGUAUUAGUGAGAGAGGAUAAGGCGGUCAUGGGCAAAGGUUCUGUGGAUAAAGUAAAUAUGGCGACUGCUGAUGUCAAACAUUUAUGUCAGAACCAAGAACAUGGUGAUGCAUCUUUUGGAGAAAGUAGCUUUGGCUCCCUAAGUUCUAGUGAGAAGAAUGUUGAAGUCAGAGAACCUUUUACUCCAAGAAAUCGUUCUUCCUUGAGAGGAUGGGCUUCUGGACGUUACGUUGGAAAAGAUGAGACAAAUGCAUGGAAACCUUCAACACGGAGCAGGGGACUUUCUGCUGGUAGAGAAUUUUUCAGUAGGAAGUCCUUUAAGAGCUUGGGGUGCAGUGACAGUAUGAUUAAUGCUCUUAGGAAUCUGAAUAUUCUUCGACCUUCUCAUAUUCAGGCACUCUCAUAUCUCCCUGUCUUGGAAAGGAGAACUUGCAUAAUUGCUGAACAAAGUGGUUCUGGAAAAACUCUAGCAUAUCUGUCACCAGUUAUACAACGGCUUCGGGAAGAUGAAGCCCAGGGUUUAGCUAAAUCAUUGCCUGGCAGGCCUCGUGUAGUGAUAUUAGUACCUACUGCUGAAUUGGCUUCUCAGGUCUUAUGUAUUUGCAGAUUGAUAUCCAAAUCUGGAGUUCCAUUCAGGUCUAUGGUCACUACGGGGGGUUUUAAACAGAAAACUCAGGUGGAUAAUCUUCGGGAAGAUGUUGACAUUCUCAUUGCAACACCUGGUCGAUUGAUGUUCCUACUUCAAGAAGGAUCUUUGCAGCUGAAUAACCUUACGUGCGUCGUACUGGAUGAGGUGGAUGUGCUGUUUGGUGACAAUGACUUUGAGCAAGUCUUUCAAUGCUUGAUCACAUCUGGCCCUGUGGCAAUGCAAUAUAUUUUUGUUACCGCAACUUUACCAACAGACAUAUACAACAAGCUAAUCGAGGCAUUUCCUGAUUCUGUGGCAAUUAUGGGUCCAAGCUUACAUCAAAUAAAUUCUGGUCUUGAAGAGGUUCUUGUUGAUUGCAGUGGAGACGACAGAGAAGAGAAAAACCCUGAGACUGCAUUCCUCAACAAAAGAGCAGCUCUACUACGGCUUAUAGAGGAUUCUCCUGCAUCUAGAACAAUUAUUUUUUGCAAUAAGAUUGAGUCAUGUCGAAAAGUUGAGAACAUGCUGCAUCGCUAUGACAGGAAAGGCUCAAAGUUGAGGGUCCUCCCAUUCCAUGCUGCCGUUGCACAGGAAUCACGUAUGUCAAAUAUGAAGGAGUUCUGCAGUGCACAAUUCCAAGGAUCUUUGUUCUUGAUUUGUACUGACAGAGCAUCUAGAGGAAUCGACUUUCAGAAGGUGGACCAUGUUGUGCUGUUUGAUUUCCCUAGAGACCCAAGUGAGUAUGUAAGAAGAGUUGGGAGGACCGCGCGUGGUGCUGGUGGCAAAGGCAAGGCAUUUGUGUUUGUGGUGGGAAAACAGGUCUUCUUAGCAAGGAGGAUCAUGGAACGAAACAAGAAAGGCCAUCCUCUGCAUGAUGUGCCUUCUGCCGAGCUUUUUGUAUGAAGUUCCAUGUCCAUUUUAUUAAUGAAGUAGCAGGUCUCUUGGUUGAGAA